AUGUCUUGCUCCACACCGUACGAUAGGCCUGGAGACGACUCAGGAGGUCAAGACAGCCCAGCGAAGAAACGUAGAAAAGGUGCAGCACGCCUCAGUUGCGCUGAGUGUCGAAGGCUCAAGUUGAGAUGCGAUCGAGCGGUUCCAUGCAGCUCAUGUGUAAAACGUGGAUGCGGAGCAAUCUGCCCCGAUGGGUCGCUGACAACUGGCCAGGGAAAUCGGUGCGGAUUCUGGCUAUUAAAUGAAGAGGUUUCUUUAAUUGAGACGAUUUUUUCCCCCAGUUUCGUCCUAGCUUCUACGCAAGAGCUGCACGAGAAGAUCGCAGAACUGGCGGUUCGCGUCCGGGAGUUGGAGGAUGCGCUUCGCUCCUCUCAUUCGCGUCUGUCAGUGGAGCAACAUGCAUUGUUGACCGAAGAACUAUUAAAAAUCAAAGCACCCUUGCAACGUGAAUUACCUUCAAAUCGAGACCCAAACGCCGUAACAGUGAAAACGGAAGAGGUCGAUCCUGAGGUCGUCGACGCGUUUGGUUCUUUGCAAAUUAGCGUUUCUGGAAAAUCGAAAUAUUUUGGGCAAAUUGCCAACUCUUGGUAUUUCCUUCAAAACGAGUUACGGCCCGGAGAAGAUGGGGAACCAGACGAUGCUCUCAUAGAUCUAUCCAACGUCCUUUCUCCCGAAAUUCUUACUCGAGCAUCUGCAUUUCCAAUUUCUUCAACGUCUCACAACGACGACGUUAACGCACAGUCGCUGUAUUGGUAUCUCCCCCCUUCUGAUAUUGCUACUGCAUUGCGUUCGACUUACUUCUCGCACGCAGCGUGGAUGUACAAUCCAAUUAGCGUCGAUGCGUUUGAUACCCAAGUCUUCACGCCGUUGUACGCACAAGGACCCACAACGAUAACCGACGAGCCUAUUCACUCCCAUCGCCUCUCGCUAAUGUUCAUGGUUCUUGCGAUUGGGUCGCUCAUGAACACCUCUAUACCUGCGUAUAAUCGGGAUGCUGAAAAGUACCACCAGCUCGCACGAGCCGCUUUAUUCAACACAACUAUAUUUGAUGAACCUACGAUCAAUGCCGUUCAAGCGUUGUACUUGAUGGUGUUUUAUCUCUUCUUGGCCGAUCGACAUGGGACGAGCUCAGGAGCUCGCUGGGCUAUCAUGGGUAUCGCCGUAAAGGUCGGACAGAGCAUUGGUCUUCAUCGGGACAGCGGCCGCUGGAAAGUUGACCCUCAGGAAACUCAGCAGCGCCGCGAACUGUUUUGGGAACUGUUCACCUAUGAUUCUUGGCAGUGUUUGACGUUUGGGCGUCCGCCGUCGUUUGCUCUGCCACACAUCGAUUGCAAGAUGCCGUUCCUGAAUGAUACCUCGGAAGAGAAUAGUUUCCAUGCUUGGAAACAUCGAUUUACGUCGGAAUGUAUGAAUUCUUUACACGAUCAAGCAUUUGUUGCCAAGAUGCCAACAUACGCCACUGUGCUCCAGUUGGAUCGCAAGCUGAGAGCCUUCCCUGUCCCACCGAUACUACAAAUCGCUGGGUUCGGGAGCUCUCAGCCGCGUCAAAGUGCACAUCCGGAUACUAUCAUGCUCACCUUGCAGCGACACAUCGUCUUGGCCAUUAGAGAAACCAAUUUGCUCUAUCUCCAUCGAAGUUUCUUCGCCAGGGCUAUUAGCGAUCAUCCUAAAGAUCCGCUAGGUAGUCCUUACGGAACUUCCGUAAUCGCAGCGUAUCGUAGCGCUGGCUCCCUCGUCGCGCUUAUGAGGAAUUUACACACCCAGCUGCCAGAGCCCAGUGAACGAAUCUGGUUUUUGUGGACACAUAUGUUCUCGUGUGCUAUUGUUCUUGGAUCUAUCGUCACCAGAUGUCCCUCGAUGAGCUUAGCCCCAUCGGCGCUGGUGCAGCUUGACUCAGCGUGUGAAUUGUUCUCAAAAGCGGCGCGUGGAUUCCGCGCUGUAAGAGUUCUGGAUAUUAUGCUUCACUUGCAAGAAAAAGCUCAUACAAGUUUGGAAGAGUUCCGUCGGGGUCUGGGUGUGCCCUCGGCACGGUACGGAUCCUCUCCCACAGGGCGUUCGCCUGCAGAUGACGACGAUGAGCUUUCCAUUCUGGGGGGCAAAACAAGGCUCGUGAAGAUGGAAUCUUCGUCGCCUCACCUGGAGCGCUCGCCCACAUCUCACAACCCUAUCGUUCCUCUGCCAUUGUCUCCGACAACGCAGCACCAAGUGCAUCCCAGUGUUGUGGAGUAUCUACACUCUUUUGGUCAAGCUCCCAACGGCAUCCAGAAUCACCAAGCGUCAUUGAUGAUGGAGAAUGGAUCGUACUCUGAGCAGCGCACCCAAUCGACACUGAACCAAAGCCCCUAUUCGGAUUUGGAGCUUUCUCCGGUGUCGAUGUACGGGGUAUCAGCGAUACCGACGUCGCCGUCUUUCCAAAGUGAACCUGCGUCAUACAUGCAGCAACCUUCAAUGCAGAUGUUGGGUCAUCAGCACCAGCAGCAAUAUCAGCCGAAUGAUCUGCAGCGUCAACAAAGUGGGCAGUCGUUCCCUCAAUACUUUCCGGUGUUUGACUAUGGUCAUGCGACGAUGGGGAACGAAACAAAUGGUGUUGGUGGGUAUGUGCCAACGUUAGAAAAGAAUCCCGCUCCAGGACAGCAAGGCCAGCAAAGGAGAGGUUCUGGGACACCAGAGGCGACGAUGCAAACGACUUGGCAGGACUUUGUAAAUACUUUGGGCAUGUAA